AUGCUUUCUGGUCCCACAGGCCACCUCAAGCUGACUGGUGAAGCACUGACUGCUUUUGAGAGAAUCAAGAAUUUCCUUGCCAAAGCCACCUUACUCACGCAUCCCGCUCCCGAAGCUCAGCUGUCCCUGAUGGUAGAUGCUUUGGCCGUAUCUGUAGGUACAGUCCUUCAACAACACCUUGCUGGUCCGACUCGACCACUUGCCUUUUUCUCCAAAAUGCUCUUACCAGAUGAGACACGCUACGGUACCUUUGGCCGUGAACUACUUGCCAUUUACCUGGCUGUGAAGCAUAUCCGGCAUUACCUUGAAGGUCGGGACUUCACUGUUUUUACUGACCACAAACCGUUGACUUUUGCACUUCAUUCCCACUCCGACAAGUACAAUCUGAGGGAAAUCGCCCACCUGGACUACAUCUCCCAAUUCACCACCGACAUCCGCCACAUCGAUGGCACGAAGAAUGAGGUGGCUGAUAUGCUGUCCAGACCCUCACUGUCUUCCCUCCAACUCACACACGGGAUCGAUCUUUGUGCCAUGGCGGCUGAGCAACAGCGAGUCGGUUGUCCUGGUGACGAGCCUGUUAGUGGUCUCCUACUCAAAGACGUUCCUCUGACCACUGGCUCUGGUACCAUACUUUGUGACGUCUCGAUUCCCUUUUAUCGCCAUUUCGUGCCCGCCUCGAUGCAUGGACUCUCCCAUCCUUGUCAGGUUACUUAA